AAAUAAAUCUGCAGAGUCUCCCGGAAGCUGCCCCAUCAGCCUCAUAGACAAGAUGCCUGGUUUUCCUGCACUGCUACAGAAAUGUCUUCCUCCUCCUCCUCCUCUGGCUCAUGGGAUCAAAGUCUUUUUCGUUCUUAGCUGGUUUUCCUUAGAGAAAAGCUGGAGUUCAGAGUUCAGUCCAGAGAGGGUGACUCCUUGAGGGCAGGCCUGGAGGCGUGGCGCGCCCGUCCCCUCCGUAGCCCCGGGAGAGCAGAGCCCCUGCUCUCUGCGCCGCGCGAGUCCGCCAGUAGCGCCGAGAAAUCCGUUACCAGGCGGCUGUGUCCCCAAGGGCCAUUCAGGGCGGAAGGGAACAGGGAAAACCGCUGUGUUGUUUCCCCGGCCCUGUGGGCUGGGUGCGCGGCGGGUCAGGUUACAGACAGGUGAGGCUGGCAGUUGGGUGAGCUGCGGGCUCCAGGGCAUCCCUGGCCAGACGCGCCCCCGCAGCACCCGGCAGCUGGCACACGUCUGACGACCUCCUGGAGCAGGGCGAUCGCAGGGACACUGGAGGCUGUGCCGGUUGUCCUGGGCGCACCCGAACAAGACAUAAAGGUUAAUCGGAACGGACAGAUAUAAUAAUAAAUGCAAAGCUUUCCUCCCUCCCCCGGUAGGGACGGCGAGAAGAUGUAGCCGAUGUUCACUAUGGUGGCUUCCUGGAAAGGCAUAGGUGUCGCCAAGCCCGGAGGCUGGGAGUCGCCAGGCGUGCGGGGGAGAGGCCUGGGCCGCGUCGCGGAGGGGGGUGGAGGAGGGCAGGCGAGGCGGGAAGGUGGGCUCUGGCCGCCGGGAGUCGGGGACCGAGACGCCGCCGUCGCCCCUAGCGGGGAGCAGCCGGGAGGAGGGGGCUGCAGCCGGGAGAGGGGACCCCACCAUGCCCAAAGUCUUCCUGGUGAAGAGGAGGAGCCUGGGGGUCUCGGUCCGCAGCUGGGAUGAGCUCCCGGAUGAGAAAAGGGCAGAUACCUACAUCCCAGAGGGCCUGGGCAGCCUGCUCCACGACCCCCCCGAGGACUGCCGCAGCGACGGUGGCAGCAGCAGCGGCAGCGGCAGCAGCAGCGCGGGCGAGCCUGGAGGCGCCGAGAGCAGCUCGUCCCCGCAAGUCCCCGAGCGCGAAACCCCCGAGCUCGGCUACGCUGAUGGCCCCGAAGGACACCUGGCGGCCAAGCAGCGCCCGGUUGCCAGGUCAAAAAUCAAGUUCACCACAGGCACCUGCAGCGACUCGGUGGUUCACAGCUGCAACCUGUGUGGCAAGGGCUUCCGCCUGCAGCGCAUGCUCAACCGUCACCUCAAGUGCCACAACCAGGUGAAGAGACACCUGUGCGCCUUCUGCGGCAAGGGCUUCAAUGACACCUUCGACCUGAAGAGGCAUGUCCGCACGCACACAGGCAUUCGUCCCUACAAAUGCAAUGUCUGCAAUAAAGCCUUCACUCAGCGCUGCUCCCUGGAGUCCCACUUGAAGAAAAUCCAUGGGGUGCAGCAGCAGUACGCCUAUAAGCAGCGGCGGGACAAGCUCUACGUCUGCGAGGAUUGUGGCUACACGGGCCCCACCCAGGAGGAACUGUACCUGCACGUGAACAGUGCCCACCCGGGCAGCUCAUUUCUCAAAAAGACGUCUAAAAAACUGGCGGCGCUUUUGCAGGGCAAGCUGACAUCCGUACACCAGGAGCAUACAAGCCUGAGUGAGGAGGAGGAGAGGAAGUGAGAAGGAAGGGGAGGACGGAUGUUCACACUGCCAUGUAUGUCUACGUGGAUUUUUCGUUUUCAGCGUCCCCCACCCCACUGGCUCUUCUUAAUUAGAAAUGUCCAGUUCACCUCUGUGUCCUUUUGGAACAUCAGCAGUCGGAUCCGUUCCAAGAUUGUCAGUUCCCGUGGUGCCGUCAGGCCCUGUAACUCGUGUCCUGUCUGGUGCACUUGCUCACAUUCGCCAAAGUCUGUUUUCCAUGAUCCUGAUGGCCAAGAACGCCGUGCGGGACUUUUUUUUUUUCUCAAGGAUUUUCACACAUGGAGGGAGAGGUAUUUCUUAGAGCAAUCAUCAUUUUAUGGUGCCUUGAAAUAAAAAUACUUCUACUUGAAA